CCAACGCAGCUUCCCAUCAACACUCCCACUUCUGGCAGCAAGUGCAGGGCAAUUUGCACCUGCCUCAUCUCUCUUCACAACGCGGCAGUUGGUCUUCUGGGUUAUUGACACUACUACAAAGCCGGCCGACCAACUCGCUCUCCUCGCCGCUUCACUUCACCUCGCCUUCUUCACAGCAUCGCUCUCUUGCGCAGCGCUUUGUCGAGACUCCUAGUCUGCCAUUGUUGUACGACUUCAGCGCGUCGUUGACAUCACAGCAUUCUACUGUGCUCUCCAUCAGCGCCACACAAUAACCGCAUCUCUCAACUUGACAAUUCGUCUGCGCAAUCAACUCUCUACGCUUCCAAGCCAACAGCUAACAGUUCUGGUCGCUUCUGCACUGAUGGCGGAUACUCCUCAAGAUGGCCAGGAGGCCGGCUAUACACCCUUUCGUCUGAUGGAUCUACCCAACGAACUCAUCCGGAAGGUUUGCUGCGACUACGAUCUCUGCCGAUAUGAUCUAAUGGCCCUUCGCUGUACAUGCAAGCUCAUCUGCGAAUUCUCAUCGGAUUCGUUCGCUAGAAAGUGCUUCCGCGACAUAACUGUUUUGAUGUCCCGCUCUUCCCUCCAAGCUUUCAUCGAACUAUCUCAGCACUCCAGGUUCGGUUCUGUGGUCAACUGCAUCAACGUUUCUCCGGCUUUCACUCUACAGGCGGGUUUGACAGCAAUACCCUUGACUACACUACCUGUGGUCCCUGAAGGCGUCGACCCACCUCAGCUAGUCCAUGACACAGCUUCUCUGGAGAUUAUCAGAGGUUUCUUGAACAGAUCGCGCGAGGAGCGUGAGGUGAAAGCUGAUGCAAGCGCCGAGGGUCUGCUCAACAUCGCCUUCAAGGCGCUUGCACAUCGUGGACAACGCUUCCACCUUGGGUUCUGCGACACCGAGGGAAACCCAGUUGGCGCAAGACAUCUACUAGGCAACUAUCAGCGUGGUCAAACCGCUGUAUGGCAUCUCGAUUGGAAGUCUACGAUUGCGAAAGUCGUUAGAGCAGCCUCUGACCAAGGUUGCAAGAUCGAGGGCCUUGAAUUUAUUGAGAACGGCCGGGCAGACUCCAGAAACGAAUUUGGCUUCUGCACCGACGGCAUCGAGCGACCGCUGAACUCCUUGUGCUCACAGUUGACUAGGCUCGAGGUCACUUUCAUGGACGAUGAUGUAGAGACCACUUCAAGAUCGGUCAAGCGCAUCGUCUCGGCAGCGGAACACUUGGUAAGCUUAUCACUCCUACAGAUGGGCGAUUUCAACGACGCCCAUAGACGCUACUUUUCGGAAAUGCUCGAUCAAGUCCGGUCGCCUUGGCUGAAGGACAUCCACCUCGCCUACUUCCAGAUCACGGAGCUAGAGCUAUUCGCCUUUAUUGGAAGAUACGGAAGCACUCUUGAAGAUUUGGCGCUCUGGUACGGCUGCCUGCUUACCGGUACCUGCAUCUCUUUGGUAGCUCGUCUCAGGGACAACUUUCCUCAUCUGGAGCAGUUGUUACUUGAAGAAACGUGUGAGCAUGGAGCCAAGACAAUCUGUGAUGGGGAUGAGUUGAAGUGGUACAGUGUGAGAGCUGGGGAAGACAUGCAAGACCGUCUUGGUGAAAUUCUUGAUGGAACGUUUGAGGAGCAUGAAGAUGAUGACGACGAAUGAAGGCACAGAUCUCUGCGUAGCACGCAACAACGUAAUGUAAGACUAGAUGGGUGAUCAGGAGUCAGUCACUGCCUCGAUC